GUGAUCUCUACGAUGUGCAUAGAAAUAUGCUUGUGGCUGAAUUAACAGUCUCCCAUCGUACUCCCUUCAUUAACAAGUUUAGGUUAUGGCCAUACCUUGUUUAUUUCAUCGGGCCAUGAUCUAUUUGGCUCUCUACUUGUAACCUUUUUGAUAGGUAGAGUAUCUUUGUAUAUUGUCACCCUUGCUCAAUUCAUUUGUGUCACGUGAGAUUUCUUAUUGGUUAUGUCUGGUAUUGGCGUUAUGACUAAAAUUGAGGAUGCCGCGCCAAAACCGAGGGCCUCCUGUGGGUGAUCAGCACAUGGUUGCGCUACUUGGUACGCGCUGGUAUCACCGUUAGUAGUCAUAAUCCAUUAUAAGACUAUGUCGAUAUGUUAUCUCUGCACAAAUUGUUCUUACCACGUGAGAUUCAUUAUUGGUGCUAGUUUUGUAAUGGUGUCAUGGUUAAGGACUUAUGGUACUGCGGUGAAACUGAGAGCCCCUUGUGAAUGUACACGCAAGGUUCUGCUGCUUGGCACAUGCCGAUAUCGAAGUCUCUAAUCAUGAUCCGUUAUAGAAUUACACUGAUGUGUUGUCUUUCGUGGAUAUCUUCCUUGAAACGAUUUCUAUGUUGUUUGUCAAGUGAUCAAGCAACAUCUAUCAUCUCUAUUGGAUAAAAGGGCAUACCCCUUUCAUGUGUGGCCUCUUUUCCUUGACUUUGAUGGUGACUUCACACAUACACGUUCCCUUUGCAUCCUUUGUGUAAAGGUGAAGCCUUGGAGCUUUUUAGUGUUGAGAGACAGCUAAUUAGUUCUCAAAAUAGAGGUUUGUUCCCUGCUGCUAAGAUGCAGGAGUUUGUUCAUUCACUUUCUUAUUAAUCCAUGUAUUCCCUAACCGAGUCUAUUCAUCUUGCAUGAAGAAACGGAUGAACAACAUGACCAAAUGGAUUUCUACCCAAAUACAUAAUCUCUUGUUAACAAAGAGAGCUCUCAACCAUUGGCUUACCGAUGGUACUGAGAGGACCUGCUCAAUGUCAAAAGUAGUUCAACAAGCUGGUUUUACUAACUUGUAACUGCUUUGUGAACAAAGGUUGAGUUUAGAGAUCAUUUUAUCGAGUUGUCUAAACUCACUUUUGUACAACCCCUCUAAAGGAAGUACUUGCAAAAAUCAAGUUAAGCCGACUGGUAACAACCUAGUCAUCACUCUAGUCAUGCCUCGAUCGCGUCACGUGUGCUUUUCCAGCAUGUGUGAUCAAGUCGAGCCGUGCUAAGUAUUUGAUGAAAUGGGUUGGUCGUGAAGUCAACAUCAACGGAUCUCUUCAUUGAUAUUUUCUCGAGUCUCUAUCAUUUUUCUUGAACUUGGAUUUUUUUGGCUAACACGAGUUAACUGUGAUGUUGUUCGACAUUCACACUCGUCUCGUGUGCUAUGAACUUACCAUAACCAUUUGUUGGUAAACCUCUUUCUGUGUGUUUUACCCAAGAGGUUGCAUCUGAUUCUGUUUGGGUAAAAUCGCAUAUCUGCUGCUUCCUCAACCGACUCAGAUAGUACAGUGUCAUCAGAAAAAGCAAACUGCACACAUGGAACAUUAUGUGUACCUCUGGUAGAUAUCGUCUCUAUUGGUGGACAUUUCUAAAUUAGCUUAUGGCGAUGCAUGCUAUGUCCACUAAAGAAACAAUAUCCUGAGACACUUGCCUUUGCUUGAAACUGUCUUAGGGUUAUCGCUGAUAUGGAUAUGGGGUACAUGCUUCUCUAUCCUUAGAAGUCUUUCACUCCGAAUCUCGGGACGAGAUUCUUUUAAGGGGGGAGGGCUGUAACACCCCAGGUGUUUAUAUUCCGCUCGACAAUGAGUGUGGAUUUAAGUACGUAAUAUCAGUGAAUGAAACAGAUGUUAAAUUUUAAUCGUCUUCGUGUAUCGCGAUUUUAAUAUCACGUCUGUUUCAUCUGUCGCGAGUGCGACAUCAUUUUUAUUUUUCGUCUAUCCGGGCUCUUCCGAAAUUUUCGUGAUGUUCGGAAUGUCGUCGGUGCGUCCGAUGAUUAAUUAAAAUUCAUCGUCGCGCGAAUCCGAAUUCAGAAGCUCGACCUCAUUCUACACCUUUUUAUCCCGAACAAAUUUAUUUUGAACUCGACGACAGAAAUGUUCGGAGCAAAAUAAUCUAAAUCGCGCACUGUCCGAGAAAAAAAUCGUGUGCGAGGCGAUGAUCUAAUUUAUUUUUCAGCACACUCGGUAAAAUAAUAAAAUCAACUGUGCCUAGACAUCGGAUAAAUUUUUAUCCGAGAUCGACUAAACCAGUAUUGUCUCAAAUACUGCAUCCGUUAUCCAGUCCGUUUAUAUCUUGCCCAAAAUAGUCACGAAAACUAUCUAAAUGAAAUUUAGUUAGAAUCGUUAAUCUCUGAUUUUCCGUUUAGUGAUCCGAGAAUUAUAAUUGAGCUUUGAUUCUCUGGUAAAUUACCGUGACCAUGGAAUCAUGUGUUCAGACCGUAGGUAAAUUUAUUAGAUUUCGAAUCAAAUCAAACUGUGUCGCAAUACGGUCGACCUUUUUGUUAUUGCUAGAAAUCAUGAUCAAAAUAUCUUCGAUUACUGAUAAAAGAAAGAGAGAAAAGAAAAUCUAAAAAAAAGAGAGAAAAAAAAAGAAAAUAUCCUCUAUCCUCACCGCCCUCUCUCUGCUUCCUAUCGUCAAAGCCAGGCACGCAUCCAUAUCUCUCCUCUCCCGUAUUGGUGCUCGCCCAGGAGCCUUAUCCUCCAUCUGUCGACAUGCUCAUCUUCUCUCCUUCGUCCGUUCAGCCGGCGCAAGAUUUUCCUGUGUCUUAGUUGUUCUCAUCCUCUCCUUAGCCGCCGUACCUCACUGCGUGAUAUUUUUGCCGCCGCCCCUGUUCGCUUUAUAUGCGCGCUAUGCGUGCUCGUGCGGCAGAUUGCUCGGCUGUUUCGGGCAGAUGCUGGGGCACUCGAUUCCCUAGCGCCCAGACUUCCUUCUUCUCCCUGAAGCUCGCCUAGCUCGGCCGUCCUCCAAGUUUCGCCCAGCCCAGUCGUUCCUCCUAUGCUCGGCGCCGGAUUUCUGCUCGCCCGGCUCUGCUCCUUCGCGGCGGCAGCUUGGACCAGGAGCUGGACAUCACGUGGGGCGACGGCGGGGCAAGGCCCUGGGCAACGAGCGGCUGCUGACACUGUCGCUGGACCGGCUGGUGUCCUGCUCCCUCAAGCCGACAGCUUUAUCUCUGCUCGCCCCGGCUCCUCGCCUCAUCCAUGGCCGAGCGCCCUCUGCCAGCUCAUGGAGCUCCCUCUGCUCCUCUGCCGCGCGCUGUCGGAGCUCCCUGCGCUCGCCCAUGGACGCACGCUUGCUCUGUCCUGAGUUUCCUUGCCGCGCGCAGCAGUGCCCUCUCCCUGCGUUGCACGCUCCUGCCCAGUUUCCUGUGCCGCGACCUUGUCGAGUUCCAUCCUUGCUUCUUGCUCCCGGCUUCUUGUCUCUUCCUUGGACACCUGCUCUACUGCGCACCAGGAUGCGAUGAGUUCGGCUCUGAUUCUUUUCCAGCGGCGCGUAGCUCCUUCCCUAGUGUUGCGCCCUUUUCUUCUGCUCGGACCUCGCCAUGGAGAUUCCUCGCCGCACCGAGCGCCGUGAAAACCCUGUGCUCACCAUGCCGAUUUCCCCUGCGGCAGCUUUCUCGACGUCCAUUUCCCUGCACGCUGUGUCCUGCUCGAUUUGCCAUGCCACAUCGCGUCCCUGCACCCAGCCUUUAGCUCAAUACCUAUGCUGCGCCAUUGGAUGCUGGUCGAACUAGGGACAUGCUUCCUUCUCUGUCAUUUGAACAGCAACCCCUUUGCUCCUCGCCAUUGCGCCGUCGUUGCCUACUAUGUCAGGACACCUCCCCUCGUGCUCAGACGCUCAUCAGGGAACCCGUCGUCGACAACUUUGGUUCUACGUCGCCGGAUCCGUGCUUCAGACAGCAGGUAGGGUAUUCGGAAAAUACCUUAUGAUCGACAUCAUCUCAAUCCGUGUGUCGUGAUCUGUGUUUUCCGUGUGAUGGUAUGUGUGAAUCACAGCAUGCGAUUGGUAUAGUGAGCUAGAUGGUGUACGUAGUAAAAUGCGUAGGCGACGCUUGUUAGGUGCUCGACGUUACGUUUGAAUUGGUGAUCGUCGUGAUUCUUGUAGAAUCGGGCUUGGGAUGGGGUAAGCCGGUUGAUUAUUUUGUUAGUUAGCUUGCGUCGGUAAGCUAGUCUACUUAUUCGAGCUAGUUCUAUUUUGUAGAGUGUAGUAUUUCGGUGACGCGUAGGUUAAAUUCAGUAUUUUAAAAUGUCUAAACAAUAACAUUGUUAAUAUUACUAUUGACGAAUUAUAAUUGUUUGGUAAAAUUAAAUUAGUUCUCGGAAAACAAAGUGGUAUAAUUCAUAAAACGAGGGAUAAGUUUAGAAUUCAAUUAAUUAACUGAUAAGUUGUGGUUAGGUUAAUUGUAUUAAAGGUGUAUAAUUUGUUGUUUUGUGAUGUUCGCGUUAGGUUCGGUUAAUCUAGAGAAGCGUAAUUAUUGCGCGUAGUCAUAUAUUAAUAACUAGUGUUUCCGUAUAAAAUUGUACAACGCCU